AGUGUCAUAUUAUUAUUUCAUAAUCCGUAAUUCUGUGUUAGCUUUCGGAUUUCUGUAAAAUUUAAAUAAUUAUUCAAACAUAAUUAUUUAGAGCGUUUCAUUUUCAUUCGUUUAAAUGAUUUUAUUUUAAAAUAAGAGAAAAUGUCGUCUACUACAUCUAGCGGAAAAGAAUCUUUUGAAGACUUUUAUACCGAGGUUAAAGAGAUCGAAAAGAGAGAUUCGGUUUUAACUCCAAAGCAACAAAUUGAGAGAUUACUUCGACCAGGAUCGACUUAUUUCAAUUUAAAUCCUUUUGAAGUAUUACAAGUUGAUCCAGAAAACACUUUGGAUGAAAUAAAGAAAAAAUAUCGACGUCUAUCAAUACUUGUACAUCCAGAUAAAAAUAUAGAUGACUCAGAGCGAGCUCAACAGGCGUUUGAAAUUAUAAACAGAGCCUGGAAAACAUUAGAAAAUGAAGAAACAAGGAAAAAGAGUUUGGAUAUAUAUGAGGAAGCUAAGGAACGCACAGAUCACAUGAUAGAACAAAAACGUAAAAAACAAAAGAAAGAUGGCAAAGUAACUGAAGGAAUACCAGAAGAUGAUCCUGACAAAUAUAAACAUGCCGUUUAUGUUAUGACUAUGAAGUUGUUUGCGGAUAUGGAACGUAAGCGUCAACACCUAGAGACUCGAGAUAUGGAAGAGAGAAAACGUAAACGUGAAGCAGAAAUUGAUCAAGAGGAACAAAUGUCACUUGAAAAGGAGUGGGCUAAAAACUUUGAGGAAUCAAGACAAAACCGUGUGGAUAGUUGGAAAAGUUUCCAAUCCGGAAGUGGUAAGAAGGAGAAAAAAAAGAAGAAAAUAAUGGGUUUCAAACCUCCUAAACCCAAACCUGAGAGUAGAUAACUAGUCUAUAAAUAACGUAAUUUAGCAAUAAAAAUCUAUGAAAACUGUACUUCUGUAUGUUGAAGUCAAAAUACUCAGUUGAUAUAUUAUAAUAUUUUACACCUAAGUGAGUAUUGUUUCCUUAUUCACAUACCAUUUGGACAUACUUUAAUAUCUUGCAAUUUAUAUGGUCAACAGUAAAUUGAACAAGCGAAGAACUGUUUUAUAUUUUAUUGUAAAAUUGAUUGUAUAAAAUUAAUUAAUCUAUUUCUUUUCAAAUAAAUAACAGUUUUCAUGGAUUUAAAAUUAGUAUAUUUUUUUAGUAAUAAAUCUCAAUUCACCGAUUUCCUUUUUGAUAGUGUUAGAUACAUUAUGUACUAAAAAUAAAUAUUUUAUUAAUUUCAAUUUAAUAGGAGUAAUUUUAUUUUUCAAGUAAAAAAAGUUUACAAUCUAAAAAGUUUUAUCUUGAAUAACAAAUAACAAUGUUUUUGAUAUGAUUUUUUAAAUUCAAUUUGAAUCGGGGAGUGAUCUCCCUUACACAUAGACAUUGGGAUUCUCUUGCCUCAUAGUGAUUUGGAAAUAAUUGUAAAAUAAAUGGCAAAUUUUCUUUGCAAUACAUGUCAAAAUGAUUGAGAAAAACCUAUUAAUUUUUUAGUUAUGUCGUUUUCAUUUUAAAUACGUCACACGAAAUAAAUUGGUUCGCUUUUUAAAUUCAUUACGAUGAAUUAGCCCAUGGUAUUAAAUUGCACAUUGCUUCAAAUUGAAAAAUAAGAUUUCUAGUAGUAUUUCACAUUUACUGUUUUUAGUUUGUUUCGUUAUAUAGAUGCUAGGAAUAAAGGUAUAUAAUUUACAAUUAGUUGUAAAAUUAUUGCAAAUAACCGUCCAAUAUUGUUUAUCGGUUAACGAUUGCUCUGUGACCUCGAGUGACAUUCAUUAAAUGGGAUUUUUUUUGAAUGCUUAACUCAUUCGUAGAAUCCUUCGUCCUCGUAAUAAAUAAUAAGUAAUUGACGAUUAAUGAUUCCUACGCAAUAUUUAAUCAACAAACUAUCUAUUUAUUGGGUUUACUGUGAUACUGGCUUGUAAUAAGAUUCAAACGAAAUCUUUUCCCUACAGCAAAAUAUAGUUCUUGAGGUUAAGAAUCUAGUAGUUUAAAAGAUAUAAGGUAUCUAAUUUAGUAUGAGGCAAAUACUUUGUAAGUUAUUGACCUGAUAAUUACUAAUUUCGUUUAGACAAUAAAGGUUUAAGUAAACAGUUA